UCCGGAGUGUCCACCUUGAACACAUAUCGAACACAUAGCGUAUCGAGUAAUAGUGGUGUUUUGCACAACAUUAACAUUUUAGAUGUUCAAUCGGCAAACAUUCAGGGCACUGUUUUUACAAUACAUCUGUUUUAAACAAUACGUUUCUAAUAACAGUACAUCCAUAAGUGAUUUUCAAAACAACGUAUGAAUGCUUUCAUGUUAUUUCUGAUUAGAAAACGCGGAUAUGUGCGCUUAUCAGCAUUUUAUUUUGCGAAAUCAAUUGUGUGAUGUAUUCCAUUGUAACUUGAUGCGUGUUCAAAUAAAAUUCAACAAUUACCAUUACCAUAUUAUAUAUUUUUAGAUGUUGUAAACUGCGACUGUGGUACCUUUCGCCAGUGUUACAACCGUCGAUACACAACGGGAUUAGCUUUUAAAUUGAAAGAAACUAGUUUCACUUUUCCGGUAGAUAUUACUACGGGCUUGACGGUUCUUCCCUUCAGGUACACAUACACAGUAAAGCGUGGCUGCGGCUCCUCCCCCGCGACCCAAAUGACAAGCUAGUGGUGAGUCCUUCGCUAUUGCUAACUAAACCGCGGAAAUAAAGCAGCAACUGCUGACCCUUUCAUCGUCCUUUGUAGCUUGAUAGUUGAACAUAUCGUCACAGUGGAUACGCGCAGGCCCUUUUUAAUUGGCCGUUCUUUCAGCAGCAAGUCCAGUGCAGCCGGGGCGGGAACAGGCGCAAUCACAAGUUAGGAGAGAAGUUAACAUUUCACGCCAGUUUAUUUGACAGCUAACUGUUACCGCUAACUAGCUCCUGUCGUUGCUCGUCGGCUUAGAUUCAAAACAAAGCCAGCAAAAGCGAGAAGUUGAGAUUGUACAGUGACAGUUUUCUUUUUUUUUUACCCGACCAUACUCCGCUGAUCUUUAAACGAUAACAGACAGAUAACGUUUCACUGCUGACGGAAGGCUAACUUUGUGUUUAUUUCAAAGCGGUCAGCAGGUUGCGUCUUGGUUCUGCUACGUGGAGGAGAUAAUCUAGUUAGUAUCGAGCGAGGCAGCUCUGUCCAUAAAACACACUAGAGUUUCAUUUCAAUAUUGGAUUUAAAUGUCCGAAAAAAGCUCAUCGUCCGGUUCAGAUGAAGAUGUGGACCCAGAAUCCGGACAACCUGUGGAGCUGGGAGGCGUUUUGAGCAAGUGGACCAAUUACAUCCAUGGGUGGCAGGACCGAUGGGUUGUGCUGAAGAACAAUACUUUGAGCUACUACAAGUCUGAAGAUGAAAGGGAAUAUGGCUGCAGGGGAUCAUUGUGCCUCAGCAAGGCUGUCAUCACGCCCCAUGAGUUUGACGAGUGUCGUUUUGACAUCAGUGUCAACGACAGCGUUUGGUACCUCCGAGCAGAAGACCCUGAGCACAGACUCCAGUGGAUUGAGUCCAUUGAGUUACACAAGGCAGAGUCAGGGUAUGGGUCAGAAUCUAGUCUGAGGCGUCAUGGAUCCAUGUUGUCUCUCACCUCAGCAGCCAGUGCCUUGUCUGCCACGUCCACAUCCUCCUUCAAGAAGGGUCACAGACUAUGUGAGAAGCUAGCAGAAAUGGAGACCUUUCGAGACAUUCUUUGCAGACAAGUGGACACACUGCAGAAAUACUUUGACUCCUGCGCCGACGGUGUCUCCAAAGAUGAGUUUCAGAGGGACAGAGUGGAUGAGGAUGAAGAUGAUUUUCCUGCCACCUCAAAACCAGACGGGGAUUAUCACAACAAUAAUGGCAGCAAAGAGAAAUUGUUUGCCCCUGCCAGUCCUAAAGGCAUCAAUGGCAUAGACUUCAAAGGGGAGGCCAUCACCUUCAAAGCCACCACAGCCGGCAUCCUUUCCACUAUGUCACACUGUAUCGAGCUGAUGGUCAAACGGGAGGACAGCUGGCAGAAGAGAAUGGACAAGGAACUAGAGAAGAGGAGAAGGGUGGAAGAUGCCUACAAGUCUGCUGUGAACGAACUAAAGAAAAAAUCCCACUACGGCGGUCCUGACUAUGAGGAGGGUCCCAACAGUCUGAUCAAAGAGGAUGAGUUCUUUGACGCAGUGGAGGCUGCACUCGACAGACAAGACAAGAUAGAGGAGCAGUGCCAGUCAGAGAAGGUCAGGAUCCCUCGACUAACUCCAGCUCCCCCAGGCGAUGUCUAUUCAAGCAUCGGCACACACCGAUACGCUACCAAGGCGCAUAGUUACUCCUCUUCCCUUUCCUCUGUCGAGCUAGUCAGUGCUUCAGAUGACAUUCACAGAUUCAGCGCUCAGGUGGAAGAGAUGGUGCAGAAUCAUAUGACUUACUCCCUCCAGGACGUGGGUGGAGAUGCAAACUGGCAGCUGGUGAUCGAGGAAGGAGAGAUGAAGGUGUACAGGAGGGAAGUGGAAGAGAACGGGAUUGUGUUAGAUCCCCUGAAAGCUACGCAUUCUGUCAAAGGGGUGACAGGACAUGAGGUGUGCCAUUAUUUCUGGGACACCGCAGUACGCAUGGACUGGGAGACCACAAUUGAAAACUUCAAUGUCGUGGAAACGCUUUCUGACAACGCCAUCAUCGUUUAUCAGACACACAAGAGGGUGUGGCCAGCCUCUCAGCGAGACGUCCUCUAUCUAUCAGCCAUCAGGAAGAUUCUAGCAACCAAUGAAAAUGAUCCCGACACCUGGCUGGUCUGCAACUUCUCUGUUGACCAUGACAAUGCGCUACCCUCAAACCGCUGCGUCCGAGCCAAAAUCAACGUUGCCAUGAUCUGUCAAACUCUGGUCAGCCCACCAGAGGGCGACAAAGAGAUCAGCAGGGAUAACAUCCUGUGUAGGAUCACCUAUGUUGCCAAUGUAAAUCCAGGUGGGUGGGCGCCGGCCUCGGUCCUCAGAGCCGUCGCCAAGAGAGAGUAUCCUAAGUUCCUCAAACGUUUCACCUCCUACGUCCAGGAGAAGACGACGGGGAAGCCCAUCCUCUUCUAAGAGGAUCCAAGCAUAAAGACUAAAGGCUGACCCCUAUUUCGAAAAACAGCAGUGUGAAGCACGUUCCCCAUGUGAUACAGUCUGCUCCAGGACGACCCUGAGGUUCCUCCCUUGACCCUUGACCCUUGAACACAAGAGACUGGUCGUUUGGCUUUAAUCCAUCAGUAUUUGUCCUUCCAGCUUAACAUCUUUGGGUCCUUUUUUAUAUGUAGAGUCUCUCCCUUGGUGAAUUGAUUGGUAUAUGUGCUUUUUUUCUAGAUUGUUUUUGUACAUUUCCUAUGAGUAUGACAUACUUGCUGCGUUUUGGGGGGCUAACUAAUAUAGCAUGACUGCUGCUUGUUUGCUGCUGCUAAAGAGAGUAAGGCGGCAUCUCCUCUGGUGACGACCGGCACGGUCUGAUGGAGUGGUUUUUCUCUGAGAUCUUUCUUUUUCUAUAGCGAUGUAUUGUACAGAGAAACUCAAGUAACUUGACCAAAGUGCGAAAUGUGAAUUGACUGUUAAACACGCUUGAAUUAGAUGACAGUGACGUGCCAAGGAAACUUGAAGUCUCAUCGACACUUGGACAAUACUUUGGGUAGAAGCUGCUGAUAAUGAUUCGUACGGAUGCUGUGUUGCAGCUAUUUGACCUGCCGUAGCGUCUCUGUAAAGAUUCCUCCCUUUAUUUCUUUUUAUCUUUUUUUCCCCCCUUAACUUUUAGCCAAACUCAAAGGGAGCGCCGGGAAUGUCUCCACCCGUGAACGUCAAAUUAUUUCUACGUACACAACCUCCUGGAAAAAAAAACUUCUAGUUGGAUAUCAUCUUGGCCCUAAAUAUAGCAUUCCAACGCUAAUAUUACAUUUCGUGUGUCACACCAGAGUGCACAGUGACUGAGAAGGAUGAACUACCCCCAGGGAUGCCUUAGACGCCAGCUAGAGCCUGAUUAUUGUUACUCUACAUCGACAACCACCACAUGUGCAUUUAUCAACAUUCACUGACUGUGUGCGUGUGUGUUUUAUGUGUGCGUGUGUGCUCGGGAUUGGAGGGUCAGCAUUUCACGUCAUGAUCUUACCUCAAGAUUACCAUUUUUUUUUUGUUUUUGUCAGCAAAUUUGUUCUGCAUCGUCUUCUGAUUUAAUUAUGUCAGGAGGUGGAGGUUAGGAAGGAUAUGGGUGUUUGUUUAUAAGCUCGACUCCCCGUCUCAGCUGAAGAAGAAAAUAUUUCCUGUUUUAUUCAUUUUUUGGUAUUGUGUCACUAAUCCUCACACUUUGUAUGUUUCUAAAGUGUUAUUAUUUGCACUAAAUGUAAUGCAAGUUGACAAUGUUCUGUAAAUUAAAAUCGCUACACAACA